AUGACUAGUACUACCAAUGCCACUCCAAUGGUCAGUAAUGACGGAUUAGUGAUUCAAGAAAAUCAACAUAUCUUGGAAUUUUCAAAUACUAGUGAAUUCAGCGUUUAUGAUUGUAUUAGAUUGAUCUCUAGUCAUUCAGAUAAUAUCGGUAUUCAUCAUUUCUUAUGCCAAAAACUAUUGACAUUUCCUCAUAGCGAAUUACAGUUUUAUAUACCUCAAUUGGUCCAGAUUCUGCUGACCAUAGAAACAGAUUCUAUGGCUUUAGAAGAUUUAUUGAUUAAACUAAGAAAUGAGAAUCCUCAUUUUGCAUUGUUAACUUUUUGGCAAUUGCAAGCAUUAUUGACAGAUUUAUCCUCUGACCCAGAAUCAUACGGAUUCCAAGUAGCAAGAAGAGUAUUAAAUGAACAACAACAUGCUUUGUUCAAUUCGAGUGCUACAGACAAAGAUGACGAUGACGAAGAAACAAAUAAGAGAGUUAAAAUGAACGAAAAUUUAGCACCAGCUUUAAUGCAUAGUUCAAUGAUAUUUGCAUCAAUGGCAUCUCCAGCUUUGGCUGAAUUGACACAACCUAUCAUUCAAUCUCAAGGUAGAAGACAAAAAGCUUACGUCUUCAAAUUAGCUAAGAGUGCAAUGAAGGACUUUACCAAAAAUAUUAAUUUAAAAUCUUCAAUUUUGAAUAAAAAAUCAAAAUCGGCCAGAAAAGUUUCAAGUAAAAGAAUUGAAUCUUUAUCAGGUCCAUCUUCCCCAAGAGUAGAUAUUGUACCACCACCUACUUUCGAAGAUCAAUUAUUUAAAAAACCUAAAGAAGUAGAAACUAACCUAAAUUUCGAUAUUGUAGAUAAUAUUGGUGAACAAGUUUUCAGAGAAAAAAUAUCUAACUCAAUUAAAUUACCAAAAAGAAGAUCCAAAUUUAUUGAUGAAUCCUUCCUGCAAAAGGAAUUUGGCAAUUUGUCUUCAAGUAAUCCAUCAGAAGAUAAAAUUUCAAAAAUCAGUACCCAAAAAUCAUGUGAUUUGGAAAACUAUGAUGAUAAUAGUGAUAUCGAAGAUACAAUCGCAAAUUAUGAUAAUUAUGUAAGCUCAAUGCCAAACUUACAUGAAUUUGAAAGACCUUCAUCGCUCAAUGGAAAUAAUAGACUAAAUGCAUUACGAAAGAACGGUAAAAAUCCAAACGGUUUACUAUUAAGAACAUCCUCAACUUCAAACCUACGUUCAGUUUCGAAAGUAUCCGAAGUACCUCAGGAGAUAGAUAUUUCAAAACUUUCUACUAAAAAGAAAAUUAAACUUCUGAAGGCAAAUUAUUUUAGAUAUGAAACUCAAUUUGCUAUAGCCUUGGAAACAAUAUCUCAAAGAUUAUCUCAAGUUCCUACUGACGCUAGACUAAGUGCUUUGAGAGCAGAGUUAUCUUUGUUAAAUAGAGAUUUGCCAGCAGAAGUUGACAUUCCCACUUUACUACCGCCUAAUAAGAAAGGUAAGCUGCAUAAAUUAUGUACAAUUACUGCAAGUGAAGCACAAGUUUUAAAUUCUGCAGAAAAAGUUCCAUACUUACUGUUGAUUGAAUACUUAAGAAAUGAAUUUGAUUUUGAUCCAACUAGCGAGGAAAAUCAGGAAAUAUUAAAAAAGAAAGGUAAUGUUUCUAGUUUUAGUUUUGAUUUGAAUAUCAUAGGUAAAGGUGAUUUAAAUGAAGAUACAAUCAUUUUGAAACCGAUUAACGAUUCACAAACUAAUCUUGCUGAGAAUAGGAUUGUGUCUGAAUUCUCUGAAUAUUCUACAGCUGGUGCUCAAUCGGAUUACGGAAAUGUUGGUCAAAAAGAAAUUGAUCUAAGUGAUAUCUCUAUGAUUCGUGUUAAGAAUCAAACUGAUGCAGAGGCUUACAGAGAAUCUCUUGUUUUACAAUCAACUUCUAAAGUUCCUAAACUUCCGGAUAAUUUAGAAAAUAGAAACCCAGAAUUAAAUUUCGCAUUGAACUUAGAUGAGGUUGUAGUACAAGGUAAAGAUAACAAACGUGGUCAUAAUAAGUAUGAAACCGAUGAACUGGCUGAUCAAAUGCGUAUUUCAGCAUUGAUGUUAGCCCAACUAGAUAAAUCUCCACAUGAAUUAUCUGAUGCAGCAAAUCAAAUUAGAGCCAAAAUUAUUGCAUCGAUGAAGGAAGGUCAAGAUAAAUUUGGAUACAAAGAUUUAGAAGCAAUUCAUGGUAUGGCAGGUGAACGUAAAUUAGAAAACGAUUUGAUGACGGGUGGUAUUGAUACCUCAUAUUUAGGUGAAGAUUGGGCUACUAAAAAGGAAAGAAUUCGUAAAACUUCUCAGUUUGGUCACUUAGAAAACUGGGAUCUAUGUUCCGUUAUUGCUAAAACUGGUGACGAUUUAAGACAAGAAGCCUUUGCGACUCAAAUCAUUCAAGCCAUGGCAAAUAUUUGGACUAAAGAAAAAGUUGGAGUUUGGGUUAAAAGAAUGAAAAUUUUAAUAACAAGUGCCAAUACUGGUCUUGUGGAAACAAUUACCAAUGCUGUUUCUGUACAUAGUAUUAAGAAGUCAUUAACUAAAAAAAUGAUAGAUAAUGGUGAAUUGGAUGAAAAUGGUGGAAUAGCUACCCUUAAGGACCACUAUUCUCGUGCAUUUGGUGAUGUAAAUGGAUUUAAGUUUAGAAGAGCGCAAGAUAAUUUUGCAUGUUCAUUAGCUGCUUAUUCAGUCAUAUGUUAUCUAUUACAAAUCAAGGAUAGACAUAAUGGUAAUAUUAUGAUUGAUAACGAGGGCCACGUCUGUCAUAUCGAUUUUGGUUUCAUGCUUUCAAAUUCACCAGGUUCUGUUGGUUUUGAAUCUGCACCAUUCAAACUUACCUAUGAAUACGCUGACUUAUUAGGAGGUGUUGAAGGUGAGCCAUACAAGAAGUUUGUUAGAUUAACAAAGGAUUCAUUCAAGGCAUUGAGAAAAUAUGCGGAUCAAAUAGUAUCGAUGUGUGAAAUCAUGCAAAAGGAUAACAUGCAACCAUGUUUCAAUGCAGGUGACCAGACAAGUGUACAAUUAAGACAAAGAUUCCAUCUAGAACUUUCAGAUGCUGAAUGUGACGACUUUGUAGAAAACUUUUUAGUUGCAAAAUCUCUGGGAAGUAUUUACACAAGACUGUAUGAUCAAUUCCAACUGAUAACACAAGGUAUUUACAGUUAG